AUGACGGAAUUCUCGAAGAAAUAUUGUGUUGUAUGCCCAACAUUGCGGGGAUUCCCCCCGAGCGACGUGCUGGAUGACGUGGACGCCUAUGAUUUGUCACAUAUCGUCAGUGACCUGGUUGCAAUCAUCGGCCACUUCAAGGCUGAAAAGGCCAUCAUUGGAGAUCAUGAUUUUGGCAGAGCAGCAAUCCAGAUGCUGGCAAUGAUGGCACCAGGCCGUAUUGCUGGGUUGAUCCUUCUCAACACGCCUAUUCUGCCAAACUUCUAUGAUCUCGUGAAUUUCGACGAAGAGCAGCAGAAAAUGUCGGAGUAUACAAUAAAAUUCAUCCAGUAUCAACCAGGUGAUGAAAAGGAUGAGGCCGAUGUCGUGAAAUUCAUAAGAGAUCCUGCGCGUCGGCAAGAAAUACAGGAGUAUAUGCACAGCUCUCCAAUGCAUGAAAUGUUCGCUCACUACAAAAAGAACUACCCCGGUCUUCCGUAUGGUCGAAAGGUUGAUACCUCCCACAUGCGUUACCAAGUUCCGACACUUAUAGUCUGGGGGGUUGAAGACGAAUACUUCUCCCCCAGGUUUCUUGAUCGAAUCCCACAGCUUUUCUUGCCCCGACCCGACUCGUUACGUUGCCUGGAAUAG